AACAAUUUGGCACGGUGAGAAACCAGAACACAACAACAAAAACAAUACAAGUCUUCCCUCAUCACCACCGUCUCCAACCACCACCAUCCCAUCUCCUCCAUCCCCACCUUCGCUCUUUCUUCCCUCCGCAGCAGAGAGAGAGAGAGAGAGAGAGAAGCGGAGGUGUUAAUGGUGGAGGGGAGAAGGGCUUCGAUCCUCACCCACCCCUUCGCUGCUCUCAUACUGAUGGUUCUCACCUCCUUCUUCCCGGUCGCCACCACCGCUAACCGACAGCGCCACCAACAUAGCCACCCCGAUGACCAACAUGAGAGAAAGAAGACGACCACGAAGCACAAGAAGAAGAAGAAGAAGCCACCGCCAUCUCCCCCUACCGAGACACAGCUGCCUCCAUCCUCCUCCUCGUCCUGGGAGCAGUUCAAGGGCCUGCUAAGCUGCCGGAUCACCGCCGCGUCCCGCGUCCACGACCCCGCGUCGACCGCCGGGAAGCUCGGCAGGGCGGCCUGCGGGCCGUCCAUCUGCGCCCUCCGCGACGUCGUCGUCCACCGCUCAGACACCGACCCCAACUCGGACGCUGGCUCCACCUCCCAGCGUGAGACCGCGCCGCUGGCUCCGGCGGUCCGGCCCGCCCGGCACCUCCCCCCACCGGUUUCGUCCCUCGGUUGCGGCAGCUACUACUCCAGGGGCGGAAUGCAGCUGCCCAAGCUGGCAGGGUGCUACGAGUGCCACGCAGUCUCCAUCGAUCCCUCCUCAAGGAGGUAUCCGAGGCCGAGGACGACGCUGUGCUCGUGUUCCGAGUGCGGCGAGGUGUUCACCAAGCCCGAGACACUGGAGCUGCAUCAGGCUGUGCGCCAUGCUGUGUCGGAGUUGGGGGCGGAGGAUUCGGCGCGCAACGUAGUGGAGAUAAUCUUUAAGUCCAGCUGGCAGAAGAAGGACCGUCCGAUCUGCAAGAUCGAGCGGAUACUAAAGGUCCACAACGCCCCCAGCGCCGUCGCCCCCUUCGAGGACUACCGCGCCGCCGUGAAGUUCCGCCGCCGCCACCACCCCUCCCGCUGCGCGGCCGACGGGAACGAGCUUCUCCGCUUCCACUGCACCUCCCUCGCCUGCGCCCUCGGCGCCCGGGGCUCCACCUCCCUCUGCUCCGGCUCGAGCUCCAGCGCCCCCUGCAGCGUCUGCACCAUAAUCCGCCACGGCUUCGGUGGGGCGCACCACCCCCGCGGCGUGCGCACCACCGCCAGCAGCGGCCGCGCGCACGACGCCAGCGGCGGGGGGGAGCGGCGGGCGAUGCUGGUCUGCCGAGUCAUCGCUGGGCGCGUCCAGCGGCCGUGCGACGAGGAGGAGGAUGAGGAUGAGGAUGCGUACGACUCUGUGGCUGUCGGGGACAGCGGCGGGAAUCUUGAGGAGCUGCUGGUGGCCAAUCCGACAGCCAUCCUACCUUGCUUCGUCGUCAUCUACCGGGCCCUCCUCGAUUAGCCUCAUCUGCCAAAGAUACAGUCUUCUCUCCCUCUUCUACUCGAGGAUACAAAACGACAAGUUUGUCUUCAACAUCUUGGUGUUUGCAUGGAGAAAGACAAGGGUGUGUCACCCUCCCCAGGGCUGUUACCUUCUCAAGCUGCUACUAUUUGCUGCUACAUAAAGAUUCUUCCCGUCUUCCUGCCCUUUCAGUCUUUCUUGAAGGAUCUGCCUUCAUCUAUAUCUCUGCCGAGUUCAGAGCCAUCACCUUCUCAAGCUACUACUAUUUGGCUGCUACAUAAUGAUUCUUCUUUACUUUAUAUGUAUGCUUAAAUAGAGAUGGGUGCCAUUGCAAAGCUUCCUCAA